ACACACCGGCACGUUUCCACAUACUCCCCCACGAGGCCCCUCCUCUAUCCCAGAGGCUCAUAUUUCCUGUUGUGCUUGUGAAAACCUCAAUAGGAAUACUAAGUGUUCCAGUGCUGGACUUGUUCUUCUCACACUCCUGUUGUUUUACAUUCUUCUCCACUUUCAGUGAAAUCCUCUUCAUCUAGACUGACCAUGCUGAAAGUUCCUGGACUUCUUGCAGCUUCUUUUGGGCUGCAGCUUUUUCUCUGCAGCUUUUUUGGACCAGUGGAGGGAGGGAAGGUCCUGGUGAUGCCUGUGGACGGUAGCCACUGGCUGAGUAUGAAGAUCCUGGUGGAAGAAUUGUCUCAGAGAGGACACGAAAUGGUGGUCCUGGUUCCCGAGACCAGCAUGUUGAUCCAGGGUUCUGAGUCGUACAUGGCUCGGAGCUUUAAGGUUCCGUACACCAAAGCUGACCUGGAUGGCAGCAUGAAGAAGCUGAGGGAGAACAUCAUGAGAGAGCCGGAGUUUUCUGAUCUGUUUGAGAACAUCAUCGGGCUUCUGAGCUUCACCAACAUGCAGGUGAAAGGAUGCGAGUCGCUGCUCUACAACGAGGCUCUGAUGCAGGAGUUGCGUGAAAAACGCUUCGAUCUCAUGCUCACAGAUCCGUUCCUGCCUUGUGGCCCCAUCAUCUCCGAGGCGUUCUCUCUUCCCGCCGUUUACUUCCUGCGUGGUCUUCCCUGCGGAUUGGACCUGGAAGCCGCUCAGUGUCCGUCGCCUCCGUCCUAUGUCCCGCGCUUUUUCACCGACAACACCGAUGUCAUGACGUUUCCUCAGAGGGUCCAGAACGUGCUCAUGGCUGGAAUCGAGGGAAUCAUCUGCAAAGUGCUUUACACCAGCUUUGACGAACUCACCAGCAGAUAUCUCAAGAAGGAUGUUUCAUAUAGAAAAGUCCUUCAACAUGCGGCCAUUUGGCUUCAUCGAUUUGACUUCACCUUCGAGUACCCAAGACCUGUGAUGCCCAAUAUGGUGAGAAUUGGGGGCAUCAACUGUGCCAAGAAGAAACCUCUUCCUGCGGACCUGGAAGAGUUCGUGGAAGGCUCUGGAGAUCAUGGCUUCAUCGUCUUCACUUUGGGCUCCUUCGUGUCCGAGCUGCCUGAGUCCAAAACCAGAGAGCUUUUCAAUGCUUUCAGACAGAUUCCUCAGAGGGUUCUGUGGCGAUACACUGGAGUCAUUCCUAAAGACGUUCCUGAAAACGUCAAACUGUUGAAGUGGCUUCCACAGAAUGACCUCUUAGCACACCCCAAGGUCAAGGUGUUCAUCACACAUGGAGGAUCCCACGGUAUCUAUGAGGGGAUCUGUAACGGUGUUCCCAUGGUAAUGAUCCCCCUGUUUGGAGAUCAGAGAGACAACGUUCACCGCAUGGUGGUGCGAGGAGUAGCAGAGAGCCUGACCAUGUAUGACCUGACCACUGAGAAGCUGCUGGUGGCACUCAGGAAAGUCCUCAAUGAAAAAAGCUACAGGGAGAAGAUAACAGAGCUGUCUCUGAUCCAUAGAGACCGUCCGAUCGAGCCGCUGGAUCUGGCGGUGUUCUGGAGUGAGUUUGUGAUGAGAAACGGAGGAGCCGAGCACCUGAGACCAGCCGCUCACACCCUCAACUGGGUUCAGUACCACAGUCUCGACGUUGUCGGCUUCCUCCUGCUUGUUCUCGCAGUCGUCGUUUUUAUCACCGUAAAAACCUGCGCCUUCUGUUUCAGGAAGUGCUUCAGGAGGACUCUGAAGAGCAAAAAGGAGUAAAGUCACCAGAGAAUGUUCAGUAAACUAAUGAUGAUUGAUGUGUAAGACGUUAUACUGUGAUAAUUUAAAAUAGUUACACUGUCAUCAUCAUCGUGUUCGUUUUAAUAUUCAGAGGUGCCAAUAUUUCCGCUUUCGCCAACUCUAAAAAAACAAUUAUUCUUAACAUUUUCAGCAAGUACAUUACUCAAACAUGGGUCAAAUUCAUAGAAGGGGAAAGGACACAGGAUGUGACAGACAUACUUACUCACAUCACAUCAACUUCAUCCUGGUGAACUUGAUUAACGAACCUCUAAUUGUCAAGUCGAUAAUUAUCAAGUAUCGCACACUGAAUUUUUGCUUCUUUGUUUUUUUGUUUUUCUUAUAAUUGUUGCCUGAUGAAUUAGCUAGCUAACUUAAAUUUCUCUACUUUCUCUCCAAAAUCUCACCCUCCAGACCCAGCACACACCUAAAAUUAAAAUCAGUUCAUUUCCAAGAACGUUAGCAAGAAGGUGAAAUUCUUGUUUUUAAAAACAAACAAAAAAAGUAUUUUGCAUUUUGGAUCAACAGAAAUAAUGUUCAGGGUUGAGUAAUAAAAAGAAGAUAUAUAUACACUAUAUUGCCAAAAGUAUUCACUCACCUGCCUUGACUCGCAUAUGAACUUAAGUGACAUCCCAUUCCUAAUCCAUAGGGUUCAAUAUGACGUCAGUCCACCCUUUGCAGCUAUAACAGCUUCAACUCUUCUGGGAAGACUGUCCACAAGGUUUAGGAGUGUGUUUAUGGGAAUUUUUGACCAUUCUUCCAGAAGCGCAUUUGUGAGGUCACACACUGAUGUUGGACGAGAAGGCCUGGCUCUCAGUCUCCGCUCUAAUUCAUCCCAAAGGUGUUCUAUCGGGUUGAGGUCAGGACUCUGUGCAGGCCAGUCAAGUUCCUCCACACCAGACUCUGUCAUCCAUGUCUUUAUGGACCUUGCUUUGGUCACUGGUGCACAGUCAUGUUGGAAGAGGAAGGGGCCAGCUCCAAACUGUUCCCACAAAGUUGGGAGCAUGGAAUUGUCCAAAAUGUCUUGGUAUGCUGAAGCAUUCAGAGUUCCUUUCACUGGAACUAAGGGGCCAAGCCCAGCUCCUGAAAAACAACCCCACACCAUAAUCCCCCCCUCCACCAAACUUUACACUUGGCACAAUGCAGUCAGACAAGUACCGUUCUCCUGGCAACCGCCAAACCCAGACUCGUCCAUCAGAUUGCCAGAUGGAGAAGCGUGAUUCGUCACUCCAGAGAACGCGUCUCCACUGCUCUAGAGUCCAGUGGCGGCGUGCUUUACACCACUGCAUCCGACGCUUCGCAUUGCACUUGGUGAUGUAUGGCUUGGAUGCAGCUGCUCGGCCAUGGAAACCCAUUCCAUGAAGCUCUCUGCGCACUGUUCUUGAGCUCAUCUGAAGGCCACAUGAAGUUUGGAGGUCUGUAGCGAUUGACUCUGCAGAAAGUUGGCGACCUCUUCGCACUAUGCGCCUCAGCAUCCGCUGACCCCGCUCCGUCAGUUUACGUGGCCUACCACUUCGUGGCUGAGUUGCUGUCGUUCCCAAACACUUCCACGUUCUUAUAAUACAGCUGACAGUUGACUGUGGAAUAUUUAGGAGCGAGGAAAUUUCACGACUGGAUUUGUUGCACAGGUGGCAUCCUAUCACAGUUCCACGCUGGAAUUCACUGAGCUCCUGAGAGCGACCCAUUCUUUCACAAAUGUUUGUAAAAACAGUCUGCAUGCCUAGGUGCUUGAUUUUAUACACCUGUGGCCAUGGAAGUGAUUGGAACACCUGAUUCUGAUUAUUUGGAUGGGUGAGCGAAUACUUUUGGCAAUAUAGUGUAUAUAUAUAUAUAUACAAAUAAGUUUAAAUGCUGAACUUUAUAAUUUUUUUUGCUGUCUGCAGGAUUUUAACCCAUCCAAAGACUAGUGCUUCUCACAUGUGAAAUAUACAGUAGUAAACUUGGAGUUAGAGGUUUCACACUGUUCCUAAUUUCCCCCGGGGUUAACACUGAAUCCUGGAUCUUCAUAAUCUGACCUUUCACACUCUCACGUCUCAUGAUUUCACAUCAGUGAGGAAAAAAGAUCAGGUCUGUGUUUCUGCACUCAAAUCUUUCACAGCUUCAUCAUCUUUUUUACUCUUUUUAAGUUUGUCAUGUUGUCGUCCAGCUGAUUGUUUGCUGAUAUCCGACUUCCUCUAAUUUUUCAAUCAGUUCCUUAUUCAGUUUUCUUAUUAUUUGUGACUGAUAUCCAGUUUGUACUGAACAAACUUUUCUGAUCAUAGCUGCAAAAAUAAAACUCUCCUCUUCACUUAGACUGAUGCUGCAGCUACUGUUUACACGACACACAGGGACUCUACAAAUCACCUGAUACCAGGCUGAAGCUCUGUUUCUGAUAGGGUGUCUAUGCUAAGCAAAUAGCCGUAACAUUCCAACACCGCAUUGUUUCACACUGUACACGUUCAUCGUCAUGAUGUGGAGUUAAUGCUGUAAAAGCCAUGUGAAACCUUCCUCUACCCCGGGGGUAAAAGUGGAGUUUAGAAGCACAAUAAGGUUUUAGGGUGUGAUCAAAUUCAGUUUUCUUCUUUUCAGUAAUGUCAGCACCUCUGAAUAUGCUACAGAAUUUCUGGAAAAAAAACCCCAUCUCGUUUAGUUUUUAAGGAGAUGAAGAGAGAUAGGUGUAACUACUGACGGUGCUCCUCUUCACACAGCUGCAUUAAACAACCAUCUGAUUUCCCCUCAUGCUUCAUUUUCUUCUGUUUGAAACGUCAGAUUUGGUGUAGUGGGUUGGACGAUUUAUCACACCAUCAAUUUACGAUGCUGUUCUACCUCUAAAAAAAUCGCUACCUCCUGUGCUUCCAUGCUUGUAAACUUACAGGAGGCACAGAUGAAUGUUUCCUUUUAUUUUGAAGCGAAAGUCUUUAAACAUUGGCGUUUUGGCGCAGUCGGAAACUAACACCGUUAGCUAACACUAGCGAUCUAACUUCAACUGAGUAGCUAAACGACUAGCUGAAUGUAGCAUUACAUUUGAAUGAGCUAACAUGUUACCAAGUAUCCUAAUACAUUAUAUUUCUGGAUUCUGAUUGGCUGGGAGGUGUUGAUUCAUUUUCUAAAAUGGCAGCUCUGACAGUUGUUUAGACGUUUAUAUAAAGACGCUCGCUCUAAUAAAUUGUCUUUUCUAUAGUAACAGUGAUUUCUUCACUAAGCUGUUUGUUUGUUUGCUUGUUUUUAUUUUAUUCACAAACAAGAGAGGCUGUAGAGGGAUCGACUGGUUAUAGCUACUGCAACAUUAACUGUAAGAAGAAACAAUUGAAAUAUGAUGUGUUCUUUUAAUUGUAAUUGUUUAUAGCUGUGGCAUAAAAACAAAUCAUCACAUGCAAUAUUUUCACACACAGUGAUUUAUUUCUUAAUUAAUAAGAUCUGAACACACACUGAGCAUUUUUGUGAUUUUUGUUACUUAAUGAAGGAAACCAACAUUUUUUUGUGAAAUCCAACAUUUUUUGUUAACUUUUUUUCCUGUGUUUUGUCCUAAAGGUGUACAAACUUUUGCACACGGCUGCUUGUUGAUGCUGAAAUCAAACUUCUGUUUAAAGCUGAAAUGAUGAUGGGGUUUAAUAAAGUUUAAUAUUUUAUCUCA